AUCCACAUCCAUGCAAUGGCAGGAAACGUGAAAGACAAGGAGGCUUUUCAAAGACUGAACUUCCUGUAUCAGGUACGCUGUGUUUUGUCUCAAACCUCUGAGAAUGUGGAGUUAGCUCGUUUUUACUGCUUCACUCAGAAGACAAUCGCAAAACGUUUGGUACUGAGACAAGACCCCUCAGUGAAAAGAACAUUAUGUAAGAAGUGCUACUUUUUGCUGGUCCCAGGAGUAACUGCCACAGCCAAACAGAGAAGGACUAAGCAUAGAAACCGCAUGACUGUGCUGCGAUGUCUUCACUGUGGGCAGUGCAAGAGGUUCCUAAACAAUCCGGAGCAUCGCCUGUGGGUGGACCAACCUGAGGCUCAGCUGGAGAACCAAUCACAGCCAGAACAAGGUCCCUCCACUAAAGAGUUGAAGGAGAAAGCAGAUGGACCCAUAUCGCAGCUAUCCUCCACAGGGCCUUCCUCUACCCAGCACCAGGUGCCUCCAUCCAAGCCCAAAACCUGA